UCACUCUAGGAUCGUAUUACCAGUGCUGCUGCAAACUCAGAAAGUGAACUGUGUAGCUGUGAGCAAGACGGCAACUAAGUGAACCCAGGGCAAGAGAUCAGGAAGACGACUGAGGUCGUGGUGUUUCCAUUGUUGAACCUGAGGGGCGUAGACUGGUAUAUAAUGUCUCUGUUGCGGCUGCCUUUUAUCAGAAGCCAUUUUUCUCUCCUCCUCCUCUGCAUUUCAGUACUUAUCAUUGGUACUCAUUGUGACUGCGGCUUUCCUCCUAGAUUUACAGAAGCAGAAUUGAGACCAGAAUAUGAUAACAACAAAAACUAUACCGAAAAUUCUACAGUUGGAUAUAAUUGCCGGCCUGGAUAUAUUCGUAUUCCUGGUAGUAAUAACAAUAUAACCUGCUUGGGCAACUCCUCAUGGUCAACCCCUGAUGAAUUCUGUUCAAAGAGAAGUUGCCCCAGUCUGUCAGAAAUAGAAAAUGGAUAUUUUCAAGUUAAAGACUUUUUAUUUGGAUCCAUAGCAACUUAUUUCUGUAAUGAAGGGUACAGAAUGGAAUCAAACAGACCUUUUAGAGAAUGUAAAGCAGACGGAACAUGGAGUAAUGCAGAUCCAGUAUGUGCAGUUGUAAUUUGUGCUAAGCCUGACAGUAUACCCAAUGGAACAUAUACCCCAGAGAAGGAUGAAUACAACUAUCAGGAUGCUGUCACAUACAGUUGUAAUAAGGAUUUGGUACUUACUGGCAGAAGCACUAUAUCAUGUGGAAGUAAUGGCACCUGGAGUACAGAAGUGCCGAAAUGCAUAGUUGUGAGCUGCUCAAACCCAAAUGUUCUCAAUUCAGAAAGAUUGUCAGGAUUUGUUGGUCCAUACACAUUAAAUUCUGGUGUAUCAUUCAAGUGUAAGGAUGGUUUCGUCAUGAACGGAUCCAGCAGUUCUGUAUGCAAUAUUGAUAGUCAGUGGGAGCCGCCAUUACCUGAAUGUCUUGCUAUAACCUGCCCAGAACCAGAAGUUCCCAAUUCAGAAAGAGUGACGGGUGUUUCUGGUCCGUACAUAGUAAACUCUCAGGUGUCAUUUAAAUGUAAGAGCAAUUUCACCAUGAAAGGAUCCAACUCUUCAACAUGCGGUAUUACUGGUCAGUGGGCGCCACCGUUACCUGAAUGCCUAAUUGUAUCUUGUCCAGAACCAGAAGUUCCCAAUUCAGAAAGAGUGACGGGUAUUUCUGGUCCAUACAUAGUAAACUCUCAGGUGUCAUUUAAGUGUAAGAGUGGUUUCACCAUUAAAGGAUCCAACUCUUCAACAUGCGGUAAUGAUGGUCACUGGGAGCCACGGUUACCUGAAUGCCUUACUAUAACCUGCCCUGAACCAGAAGUUCCUAAUUCAGAAAGAGUGACGGGUGUUUCUGGUCCGUACAUAGUAAACUCUCAGGUGUCAUUUAAAUGUAAGAUCAAUUUCACCAUUAAAGGAUCCAACUCUUCAACAUGCGGUAAUGAUGGUCAGUGGGCGCCGCCGUUACCUGAAUGCCUUACUAUAACCUGCCCUGAACCAGAAGUUCCUAAUUCAGAAAGAGUGACUGAUGUUUCUGGUCCAUACAUAGUAAACUCUCAGGUGUCAUUUAAGUGUAAGAGUGGUUUUACCAUUAAAGGAUCCAACUCUUCGACAUGCAGUAUUGCUGGUCAUUGGGAGCCGCCGUUACCUGAAUGCCUUAAUUCUUCUGGAACAACCAGGCCACUAGUUACAGGAAUCUUAUUUGCCUUGUUCAUCAUCGCCAUAACUGUGUUUGCUUAAAGAAGAAAUAAAGAUACAGAAGAUGGAAGAUAACACAUGAUUUUGUCUACUUCUACCUAUAAAACCUUUGCUGUGGUCUUCAAGAAGAUCUUAUUCCUUUUGCACUACUGUUAAUAUGAUUACAGUUUUUAAUCUAGGCUUGUUGAGCGAGCUGACUUGAUUAGCUUUCCUUAUCUAACCAACCAGGAUGUCUCUUGUGACAUUCAGCCUGUAUUCUGAUCUGCCAUCUGAAGAGCAACUGCUACUAAGCUUUACUACUUAACACCUAUUUACAAAACUAUUUGACUGUCUUAAUUGACUUGGAAACACUGUUAUCCCUAUACUUGAUGUCCACGCUGUUUCAUUUAUUGCAGGGAGAAACGGAAAAACAGCUUUUGCCACUUUAAACUACUCCAGAGAUGACUUUGUAGCAUAUGUUUUCUGUCAGAUAAUUUUGAAAGACAUCUAAAUGUGCGCUGUAUUUCUAAUGUGUCCACACAGAGAUGCUACUGCCAGCCUUGAGAAUAGAUACAAAAGUAAAGCUGAUAUAAAAACUUGCUAGAAGGGAUGGAAUUACUAAACAGUGUUCCAUGAAUUCCCUUAUAUACAGCAGAAUAAGAGUUUGCACAGUCUACUACAAACACAAUGGGAGUGAUCACAGAGUUCACGUAAGUUUCAGCACAACUCGCUGAAACCCACGUCGCCCGUAAGUUCAUAUCGCACAUCGGGUGAAUUGCAUAACACGCCACCAUAUGAUAUACUGGCAUAUGUAAGCCAAACUGGCGAUGUUCAGAAACGUGCGCAACUCCACAUUUUUGGCGUCGCUAGUACUUUACGCCAGUAUAUUGGACGUGUGAUUGGAGAUUAAAGAGUAGGAGUGUUUGUGUUGACUUCAAACUUAAAAAUUCAAAGGGUAAUGUAGAGUGUGCAUUGUCUGUCAGGGGUUUUAAGGCUGCAGAUGUGAGGUUGUGCUGUUUGUGAUCUGGUUUGACACACUUGCAGAGGUCGGAUACUGGUUUGAUUUAUUAAGUGGCCAUGCAAGGGUUAAAUGUUUGAUAUGUGUGUCUGAAAUGUAUGUGACUGCGCAUGCGUUAGGUGUUUGUUCAGCCUUCCAGGGACUUGCACUGCUUUUUACUGUGCACAAGGGUUGCUGCACCUGCCUAUGUGUGGUGAGCUGAAACUGGAGUAAAAUAUUUUAAGUUCAUGCGCUGGCUUUGUGAUGCCGACGCCAGUUCUAUGUUAGUCUAUGGGAGUAAAAACUGCGCACAUCGUGUAAAAUCUUCGUGCGUAACUUGUGUGCUGCGCCGGGUUUGUGAUUGUGCAAUUUGAAAAAAAUGGCAACGCUGGUUUUUGCGCAUGUCGCCAAGUAUGUGAUUGAGAUGAGUGUGUUCUGCUUUACGAUCAUUGUGCUUCUCCUCCUCUUGUAUCCUUUAAAAAGCUUCACAGGACACAACCUUUUGUAACUCCAACCUCUUUCAGUUCCUCCCCGCCUGUUAAUGUGUUUUAUAGUGAGUCAAGUGGUUCAGUUAUAUGACCACAUCUGUCUGUGGAUACGUUAGUGCACUCAGGAAGUACUGACAAAUGCAAAGUCUGUGCUAAAUCACACUGGCCUUUAUUACUACUGGACACAAUAAUGUUAUUUUACCACCGCAUCAAGCUACAGGUUUUCCUGGUAUGCAAAGGGUAACGCAAAGUGUGCUGCUUAUUUAAUGUUUUUUAUUAAUUGUAAUUUAUUUAUAGAAAGUUUUGAUAAAUCAGUGUACAGAACGCAACUUAAGUGCACCACAUAGAAUAAAAUAUACAGGGAAAUGGAAAGGAAAUAUACUAAAAUAAACAAUCUUUUCUGUGCAAAUUAUAUGUAUGUAAAAAAACAAAACAUUAAAAUCUUAAAGCUUAUAAAAAUAUUCACCAUCAAUAUUUAUAUCUCAUUUGCUUUGCCCUUUUCGAGAUCAUGUUUAAAUUUGUGUAGUUUAUGUGAAACACUGAGAUUUGUUUUAAAUGUCCAUGAUGGUUUUUUAAGCACCUUUCAAAUAAUUUUUAGUUCAUUAAAAAAUUCAUUAAAAGGGGCAAUAUACACCAAUUUUCAUUUAACAGCAUGCAAUAGACGCUUCUAAAAAAAUAAUAUACAAAUACAGUAUAAAACCUUUUAAAAACCUUCUUAGAAGCUCUCAAUUUAGUACUGUUGAUGAGAUUAGUCUGGGACACCCAUGAAAGGGGCUGAUAGCAGAACCUCCCUACCUCCCCUGCAUAUGAAAAGACCUAUUAUACAAACAGAAGCAGUUUCAAUUCUGUAUACAUCCAUAUACAUCUAAAACAUUUGGGCUUGGUUAGGAGUCUGAAAAUCAGCACAAUGUUAUUUAAAAAUAAGCAAAACUAUAAUUUUUUACAAAGACACACCCAGAUAGGCUAUAUAAAUGGAUAGUCUACAAAACAUUUAUGCAAAGAAAAAUCUAGUGUAUAAUGUUCCUUUAAGUAUUACAUUGCCAAAUAAAACAAUCUGAUAUUUUUGUUUCUUUGCUUAAACUUUUAACUGUUGAGCCAUUUCCACAAACCUGUGCUGAGUUGUUUUGCAGUUUUUUUUAGAUGCUUUUCACAUUUAAGCCACACUGUAGGCCAUUAUUUUUUCAGGAGACCCAGCAGAAUCAAACUGUACCAUCCUUUUAUGUAUAUAUCCUAAUGUAAGAAACCUUGAACAAAAAGUGUGCGUAAAAUACAUUUUUUAUUUUGUUUAUAACCCUAUUUAUUACAAUUUUAAAAGUGUAGCGUGAUGGUGUUUUUUUUCUCACAGUAAAUGCUAUAGUAAAAAGAAAGACUUAUCCUCGUAUUAAUAAUGGCUUUUCUGUAUAGGUAAGUAACUUUAAUCUGCUUAUAUCGGUUCCCAUGAGCAUUUAUUUGAAUAAAUAUUAUUUAUUAAAAAAAAUGGACAUUUAUUCACGCCAGAUGUUCACUAUUACCACAGUGAUCACCUGGCUAUUAGAACACACAAGGGUAUCAUAACAGUUUGUAACUUCCCCUAGUCACCUACAACAGCCCUGAAGUGAACUGCACUUUCAACCCGGAGUUGGGCACAUUAUGUAUAUAUGUGUAUGUAUAUACACUAGUAUGCAAAAGUUUUAGGCCGGUUUAAAAAAGUUGUAUGCUUUCAAAAAUAGAAAUGCUAAUAGUUUAUCAAUCCAUUACUCCUGGGAAUUACUCUUCCCUACUACUAGGAGGAGGCAAAGAUUCCCAAACCCCAAGGGCUGUAUAAAACCCCUCCCACCUCACAGGUACCUCAGUCUUGACUUUGCCUCCGCUGGAGCAAAGUGAAGAGUGAAGAUAUGCAUAUGAUUCUUCAGUGAGAGGGGCUUUCAGUCUGUUGAGGCAGUUUUCCCCUCAGGGUACAGUGUUUGUUACGACUAAUGAAAACCACAGAAUGGGGGAUAAAAAAAAAUGGUGUAUUACUAAAAGAAAUCACUAGACAACAUUGUUUGUAAAUAAAUAAAGAAAUUCUAACUCUUUUUUUGGUUACAGUGUUUGUCAGAGGGAUGUAUAUUGGGGUAUGGUUAGUGGCUUUCUUUUUCACCUCAUGGGAAAUUUUGUCACUGACCUUCCAUAGUAGUCACAGGGACUUGUCUUUUGCCUCCUCCUAUGGCUCUACAAGAUACUCCAUAUUCAAUUACCUGUUGGUAAGGAUCAUGUUUAUUUAUAUGACACUCUGUAGACUUGUAUGGACAAUUCUAAUUAUAUAUUUUUAGGCGAUAAGCAUGCACAGAGGGCAGUCUAUGUUGAAAAAAUACAAAGCCUCAAGCUAAAUUUACAAAAAAUAAAAAAAGUAAAAUGACAGAAAAAAAUAAAGCUAUUCAAAAUAAAAAAUUUAAACCUAAACUAAUACCCCUAUAAAAAUAAAAAAUACCCCCUAAAUAAAAAUACCCCCUAAUCUAAUACUAAACUACCAAUAGCCCUUAAAAGGGCCUAUUGUAGGUCAUUGCCCUAAGUUAAACAGCUCUUUUACCUCUAAAAAAUACUAACUCCCCCCUAACAGUAAACACCCCCAAACCCACCAAACCACCCAAAAUAAAAAAAAACAUUAAAAAUACUAAAAUACCCAUUGCCCCUAAAGGGGCAUUUGUAUGGGCAUUCAGCUCUUUUACUGCCCUUAAAAGGGCAAUCAGCUCUUUUUCUAGUCCAAAAAACACACCCCAAAAAUUAAAAUAAAAAAGCCCUAAACCUAAGCCCCAAAUAGGUACUCACUGUUCCUGAAGUCCGGUGGAGGUCUUCUUCGAGACGGAUCCAUCAUCUUCAAUCUUCAUCCGGAGUGAAGGCGGCGUGGUGCGGAGCUGUGUUCCCGAUGCGUAGAUCCUCAGCGGUGGACUUUGGCGGCAUAGAGGCUCCUCUUCAUCCAAUGUCCGUCGUAAACUGAAGAUUGAAUGCAAUGUACCGCAAUUAAUUUGGGGUACCUUGUAUUCCUAUUGGCUGAAAUUUUUAAAUCAGCCAAUAGGAUUAGAGCUACUGAAAUCCUAUUCGCUGAUUUUAAAAAAAAUUCAGCCAAUAGGAAUGCAAGGUACCCCAAUAAAUAUGGGGUACCUUGCAUUCAAUCUUCAGUGUGCAGCAGAUGAUCGCAUAAAGAGGAGUCUCCACGCACAAAGGUCGCCGCAUCUGUUAACACCGAACCUCCACUCUGUGCCGCCUUCGCUGUGGAUGAAGAUAGAAGAUGAUGGACCCACCUGGAAGAAGACCUUCUCCGCUGGACUUCAGGAUCCGUGAGUACCUAUUUGUGGCUUUAGUGUUAGGCUUUUUUUUGGGGGGGUUAAAUUAGGUUUUUUGGGGCAUAUGAAAACAAGCUGAAUGCCCUUUUAAGGGCAAUGCCCAUACAAAUGCCCCUUUAGGGACAAUGGUGCCCAUUUAACAAGCUCCGUAGUGAGCUUCAGGGCACGUGUUUCUGAAACAGCAGUUAUGAAGCAGCGGUCACAAAGACCGCUGCUCCAUAACCUGUCCACCUGCUCUGAGCAGGCGGACAGACAUGGCCGAAAUCAACCCGAUUGAGUACGAUCGGGUUGAUUGACACCUCCCUGCUGGCGGCCCAUUGGCCGUGAGUCUGCAGGGGGCGGCUCUUGUGAGCUGCUGGAGCAAUGCUGAAUACGGAGAGCGUAUUGCUCUCCGCAUUCAGUGAGGUCUGGCGGACCUGAUCCACACUGUCAGAUCAGGUCUGGCAGACUUUGUUAAAUAGAGGCCAAUGGGUAGUUUAGGUUUUUUAGUGCUAUUUUGUUUUUUUUUUAAGGAAAAUAGCUGUUUAACUUAGGGCAAUGCCCUACAAAAAUUGGGGGGCUUAGUCAUUAAAUUAGUUAUUUGCGUUGGGGGGGGGUUGGCGGUUUAGGAGUUAAUACGUAAAUUAGGUUUAAUGAAUUGUUGUGGGUUGGCAGAUUAGGGGUAAUAUGUUAAUUAAGUUUAUUGCUGUGGUGGUUAAUGGCGGUUUAGGGGUUAAUAAAUUAAUUUUUUUAUUUCAGUUAAGGGGGAAUGGCGGAUUAGGGGUUAAUAGAUGUAUUAGGUAGUUUGCAAUGUUGGGGUUGGCGUAUUUAGAAGUUAAUAAUUUUAUUAUGCAGUUUUUUUUAUUUUUUUCUUAAUACUUUGUACGGGCGGUUAGGUUUUUUUUUUAAUACUAAUUGCGGGCAGUUAGGUGUUUUUUUAACACUUAUUGCGGGUGGUUAGUUUUUUUUUGUGUAAUGCUCCGUUUACCUUCACUGCAUCCCGGUGGAUUUCAAAAAUGGCAGGGUGUUGAAAGAAUCCACCUGCAGUGGAUUCUUUCACCACCCUGCCAUUUUCUGAAUCAACCAGGAUGCAUGUGAAUUCUUUAGCUUUGUGCAGCCAACAUUCCUUUGAGGAUGUGUGCGCAACUGGCGACACUGAUGGACGCGUUACAAAAGCGAUUCUAGUAUAGAUUAAUAAAUAUAGCAAGUAUGCGAGGAGAGUUACAAUAAAUGUCACUGUAUUUAAGCUAUGUAAUAUAAUGUCCUCUUUAGAGGAAAUGGUGCAGCCUAUAUUUCAAAAAUAUGUAAGAAAGACUAUGAUAGUGUAAUCCACUUAUCAUUAAAAAAGACAGGGAAUCAAGCACUCUUUUUUUACUUUUUAUUUGUAUAACUUUUAUGGAUUUUUGCAAAGCCAUUUGUCAAUAUGCAAAAAAUCAGAUAUAGAGACACUCUCUCACAAGAGAAACUAUACAUCAACUAACAUUGCUGAAUCAAAUACGAUUUAGGUGUCAGUAAAUUAUAUACAGUGAAAACAAAGCUGAUUAAAAAAAAACCUGCAACACCUUUCCAGAGGGCAGCCCCAACUCUAUGGAAGGGAAAUGCUGUCAUGGAAAAAUGAUGUAGGAUCUAUGCAGUUUUUUUUUAUUUAUCCCUUUAGAGUGGAUUAUAACCACAGUGGACACUUACAAACCACAUGCAGCAUACAGAAAAAGAAUGGUGUCAGGCAUGUACAGUAUAUACACAUUGUAGGCUGUAAGUGUAAAGACAAUAUGCAAUGAUGUGAACAUAAGGAAAAAUGAACAAAGAGUACCAAUAUUAAUACUUUUUGAAUGAUCAAACAGUGGUGGGUUCACACAUGGCUCUAUCCAUGAACCAAUAACUGCAAUUUGUGUCCCAAUAUGAGCUCAAAGUAACAAAUGUUGUUUCCAGGCAAAAGUUUCCUUUUUUUUUUUUUCUCUUUAUAAAAGGAUGGCCAGCACUUUAGUAUUCAAGGUUAUUCAUAUUGCCAAGCUUCCAUUAUUAGUAUAAGCUCAAGCGCUGUUUAAGACUGAAGUAGACAUAAAAUCCGGCAUGCUGGUGGAGGAGUAUGGUUUCUGACCUUUUAGAGUUGGAGGAAUACAGCGCAUUUAGACUAAAUAAUAGAGACCAUUUUAUUAUUGCACAUGAUGCUUGGGAGCAGUACAUUAAAAAGAAUUCUUCACUUUCACAGGUUGAUGGGCCCUUGACACCCUCUUCUAUUACGCCAAUGGAGACCUAGCUUUUCUUACUCACCUUGUAUAGGCCUCCCUUCCAUCUGUCCCUUCGAGUAUAACUAUAUAAAUAUGCUGGACAAGCACAGAGACUAUUGUCUUAUUUAUAGAAAUUUUCUUUACCUUUUUGUUAUCUUUUCUUGUUUUGCCUCCAACCACGUGUAAACAUAUAUUUGUUGCUAUUAUUGUUAAUUAACUUGGGAUGUAUUACAAGUUUGUAUCUGCUGAUACAUUAUGUAUUCUUUCCUUAAAUCCUUUAAUAAAAAAGACCUUGGAGUAAAA